UAUCAAAAUAUAAAUAUGGAGGCUAUCUGCAAAAAACGGAGGAUUUAAUGUUUUUACUUAUGACUCAAUUUUUCAAAAAAUAGUUGUUUAGUCUAAUACUAAGUCGAGUGUUGUACAGUGUAAGAAUUGCUUUAAAAAGCAGUAAAAAUAUGAUCCUUGACCAGUCCUUUCUUGCAUUCCAUCAUAUUUUUGUUCUUUGGUUAUGAAUUGGUCUAAGAGAAAUAAGAGCGACUGCUUGUUUGACUCGUCAUUCGAAAAUUUGCCUAUAAGUUGUGUUUUGAAACUGUUUUCUAAAUCAUCCAGAAGUAAAGCUAUCACUCGUAAAUAUAAUUUUGUUGAAGCUCAUUCGAUACUUUAUUUAUGUCUGCUGCCAAGUGUUUGAAAUCAGAGAAUCAUAAAUUGACUUCCAGAGUUAAGAGCUUUAUAAUAAUCGCUUGAAUGAAAAUAUCGCUGUUGAGAUCGCUGUACACGACGCUCUGCGGCAAUUUAAAAUUUUAAGUUCAGUUGGAAUGCGAUCAGCGUAGUGAACGGUGCGGCAUAUCGGCACAAGGGAAAAAAAUUUCAAUUGCUGUUUUUGUUUUGCUAAGUUUGGAAACUCAACACGUUUGCCUAAAAAAGUGUCUUUAAUUAUAGACUAUAUAAAUCCAAUAUAUGAAAUAGUGCGAAUAACAUUGUAAUUUAAUCUACAAAAGAUCAAGAAAGUUAAAUAGCAGCUAACCAUAACAUAAGUAGGUUAAGGAAAUGUAUGGAGAAGAAAUGAAAUAAGGAAAAUGUAAAUGCAACAUUAAAAACAUGAAAAUAUUCUCAGUGGCAUAAUUCAGCGAAGAAACGGCAUAAAAUAUAAAGAUAAACGGCAACCCUGUACAUAAUAACAGAUUUUAUAUAAAUUGAAGCCAACAAAAUAAACAAAACUCACACGUGCUGACUUCAGCUGCCGGUAAAUGGAUACUACAACCGAGGAUGAAAGAGCGCGAACUGAGCAAUCCAACAGCCGUUGGGAAAAAAUCAAAAAGAAUUGCAUGUCCCCAUGGUAUGAAAAGAUAUCUGUGGAGCCCACAAUGUUCCUGUAUAUGUUUGCCUUCAUGAUAACCUCUGUGGUGGAACAGGACUUUUUCGUACAGAAGGCCUGUCGGGUUAACAAUAAUUUUACCGAUGAAAUAUGUUCGAACAUUAUGGCGGAUGAGAACGCCAUAUAUAAAAGACAAGUGCAGAUCACAACAGCGAAAUUCCAUCAAGCGGAGGCGAUUUCGGCGCAUGUUUUUCCCAUUAUAUUAGCGCUUUUCCUUGGUUCUUUUUCCGAUCGACGCGGUCGCAAAUUUCCGCUUUUAAUGGGCCUGACCGGCAAACUCAUCUACUCGGUUAUGAUCGUUGUGAAUGCACGAAUGAAGACUUGGCCAUUGGAGUACGUCAUUUACACAGCCACACUGCCUUCGGCGCUAACGGGUGCGGACGUUGCCAUAUUCGCAUCGUGCUUUGCCUACAUCUCGGACAUAUCAACGCUGAAGAACCGUACGCUUCGUGUAACCAUACUAGACAUCUGUUAUUUGAGCGCUAUGCCAACGGGUGUGGCGUUAGGUUCAUAUCUCUUCUACAAUGCAUUUAAUAACUCGUAUGCGGACAUGUUUACCGUGAAUGCCUCAUUAUUAGCGCUUGCAAUAAUUUACACCAUAUUUGUACUGAAGUGGCAAACUACCGCUAAGCAGCGUUCUCUGCGCGAACUCGGCUGUUGCGGUUUCUUUCCGGAUUUCUUCGAUAAAGAACAUGUCAAGGACUCUUUCACUGUUUUGAUCAAAAAACGACCUGGUCAUCGACGUCCUUUUCUCAUGAUUUUACUGAUCGCUAUGGCUUUGUAUACAUUCCAACGCGACGAAAAUCAGUACUUAUAUCUAUACACCACCUUCAAAUUUAAUUGGAAUGUCGAUGUGUACAGCACAUUCAAAACAUUCAAGUCCACUGCCUACGUGGUGGCCAUGUUGGUGGCAGUGCCCUUGAUGAAUAAAGUAUUCCAUUGGAAAGAUACGACCAUCAUCUUCAUCGGUGCUUGGGCGCAUGCGAUUGCUCGUGUCUUUUACUACUUCGCACAAACUGGCACAUUUUUCUAUGUGGGCGCCCUCAUUUGCAGUUUGGGUCCCAUAGUGGGUCCAAUGAUUCGUGCGAUGACCUCGAAAAUUGUGCCCCAAUCCGAGCGUGGCAAGGUAUUCGCUCUGCUCGCUGUCUGCGAUAAUGCCAUACCGUUUAUUAGCGGUGUCUUUUAUUCCCAGGUCUAUCGCGCUACCUUAAAUAACGAUGGCAAGGGUGGUCAGGGUAUUUUCUUACUGACCAUUGCCACACAGCUAGCCGUCUUCGCACUGAUACUCGCUAUUCAUCUCAUCCUUGGUGAACAAUCACUAGCCGUUCUGGAAAUUAGCGAAAAAGAAUCUCAACUCAUACAUGAGAAUGAAGCUAAUCCCGCGACUAAGAAUGCCAGCAGUGCUGUUAAACCCGUUCAAGUUCCUGCUAUAAGCGCAAAUAUGGCAGAGAAGAAAAUUUCAACGAAUGCCGAGAGUGCGUAACCGAAACGACACGAAUUUACAUCUGACAAAGAGCUGCCACGCUAACAACUUCUUCAAAUUACAUACUUAUAUAGGGCCUUAUGUUGUUAUACUAGCAACAAUAACAAGGGAGAGAAGUAUCGUAGAAUUCAAUAUAAUAUUAGUAAUUCUAAGAAUAAGAAGUUGACCUUCUAUAUGAAAGAUAGGACGAACACUUUGUUUUAGGAAAUUUUAUGUAAUGCUAAUACAAAUUUUAAAAUCGUUAUAAUUUAUUAUAUAAGAAAAGUCUUUACCUUGCGCUAAAGAGGUUUGAAAUAAAAUAAAUAUAUACACAUUUCGGAACUAAUAACCGCUA